AUGCAGGCAAGCCGAACUUCCUCCUCCAUCGGCGUGUUCACAGACUGCAGCAUCCCCGCGGGCGCGCGCCUCGGACCGGUACCUGGAAUCUUCCGCCUAGGGAAGUGCGUCUCAGACCGGAAGGAAGUCGGAAUCAAAAAGAAGGUGCGGAUGGUCAGAGGGGAAAUUGUAGAUGAAUGUGGUUCUGCAGUCACAGAUUGGAUUUUAUUAAUCCGAGCAGCAAGGAACAGCCAAGAACAAAACCUUGAGGCUGUGUCGGAUUUACCUGGCGGACAGAUAUUUUACCGUGCGCUCAGGGAGAUCCCGGUUGGAGAGGAGCUGAGUGUUUGGUACUCCGAGGGUCUUGCUCAGUGGUUCCACAUUCCCACAACUGCAACACCCACACACGACGAGAGAGGUGAAGAGCGUUACAUUUGCUGGUACUGUUGGAGAAUAUUCCGAUAUCCAAACACCCUUAAAGCUCAUGUGCAUUUUCACUGUGCGCUGAGCUAUGCACGCACCCCCAUCAGUCACGAGCAUGCACCACGAGGAACUCCAGACAACACCAACUUCAGCCGUUCACCCAAGUCGGGUGAUAUUCCCAGCGGUGCAAGCACCUCGCCCUUUACCAACAAGGCAGCAACAGCAGGAUUACCAAGGCGAGCCAGCCAGGAAGACCAGGACCGGGCACUUGACAUGAGUGUGACCUCAUCAUCCAGACACCACCACGGCCUGGUUGGUGGCAGCUCCUGCAUUGCAUUUCAGCCUGGCACCAGUUCGGCUUUCAUCCCUGCAGGACUUGGCAAAAUGUUCCCUCCGGGUGAUGAGGCCAGAAACGGAGACACAAAAAACAAUACAACACUUAGCUUCGGCAAACUCUCUCAGGUCUCGAAGGCCAGCCGCACUCCUGUCGACUCUGCGCCUCGAGGGUUUUCAUUAUUAUCUCAUUUUGAGGAGACCUCAGCUUUCAAGCAUGUCUCUCCCGGUACUCGUUAUCCUCACAUUCCAACCGGUUUCCCAUUUGAACGCUUCUCAUUACCACCAUCUUACAACAGAGACUGUAACAGCGUUCCUCUAGUGCCAUUCACUGUUUAUAAUGGAGAGCUGCUUUAUGGCUCGCCCUACUACCCAUUAAAGUUCCACCUCCUCCGCUACCCGGACCCUGUUUCCUCCUACUUUGGUGCUCCGGCACUUGGUGCAGAUGUUAACCCCACAUGCAGCCCGGUGGAUAGAGAGAUGACUGUCCAUGUGGAGAAAUCCCGAGCCAGACUGGAGCCCUUGCCAUCUGUGACACAUGCGCAUGCUGCAGUGGCGACGGGAGUUAACCCAGUCUCGGGAAAACCGAGGAAGGGUCACUUGUGUCUAUACUGUGGAAAGCUCUACUCCAGGAAGUAUGGACUAAAGAUCCACAUGAGAACACACACGGGCUAUAAGCCACUCAAGUGCAAAGUGUGUUUCCGGCCUUUUGGUGACCCGAGCAACCUCAACAAGCACGUUCGACUGCAUGCUGAGGGAAACACACCUUACCGCUGCGACUAUUGUGGAAAAGUGCUGGUGCGUCGGAGAGACCUUGAGCGUCAUGUCAAGUCCAGACAUCCGGGUCACCAGGGCCUGAAAAAGAAAUCGGCGGAGGAAGAAGAGCACGCUGAUGACCGCACUGAGGAGCCAAAGAGUGAUGAGGACACUGAUGUGGAUGUGUGCUUCACAGAUGAACAGAGUGACCCAGAGUCCAGCCAAAAAUAA